AUGGACACACUCAACAAAGACUGCCUGUCGCAAAUAUUCCUAAAUCUAGACUUUACUGAAAGAGUCCGACUUGAACAUGUUUGCCGUAUGUUCCACUAUGUGCUGCAGCAACAGUCCACGUUUUCGGAUACCGUAAUAUUGGAUAUUUCACAGUUUCUCAUAAACACUUCUACUGAUUAUUACCAACAGCGGCACUUUGUCAAGGACAGUCUGAGCUUUUUGCCUACGGUAGUGGGAGUAAUUACGAGAUGCGGUUCUUAUGUGGAACAGCUGAGUUUCGGUCAGAGAUGGCUACGCAUUUCUCAACCAAUUAUCGACUGUAUUGCCAACAAUUGCAAUCGACUCAGUGUCGUAGAUUUUGGAGCCGUAAUUUUGGAUGCCGAUCUGAGUCCCAUAUUGGAUAGGAUGGCGCCACAACUACAAGAGUUCUCAUUAGAGGAAACCAGCUGGGUCAAUAUUGAAUAUGCUGAAAAGGUGAAGCGUAUUCAUUUUUGUGACCAAUUAAUGAAUUUUAAUAAAUCACGAACAAUCAAGUGUUUGUGCCAUAAUACAUUGUGGCAGAUUACUAGAGUGCAAGAAUAUUUCAAAUAUAUGAAGAGAUUACGGAAACUGAAUCUUCGUUCUGCUAUGUUCCGACUUACAAAACUUAACGAUUUACCAACAACUUUAGAGUAUCUGGAAAUCGGCGGCGCCCACUCAUUCCCUUCGGAAGUACUUGUUCAAUUCCUAGAAAACCAUGAGCAAUUAGAACAACUUCACGCGUCGCCUGUUCCAGUGCUCGAUCAAGAUAUUAUUUCGGCAAUAAGCUCAAUGAAGAAUUUACGGCACCUCUCACUCGGGCAUUCGUACAACACUAACCUGCAAUUCAACGAACUCUGUAAUCUCACGAAGUUGGAAAAUCUUCAUCUGAACGAAAUUGUGGUAGUUCUCGAACAAGAACAUAAAAUGAUUCUUCCUUUUCAGAAUAUUCACGGUUUAAAUGAUACAUCUCUUCGCGUCAUACUCUCCCGAGUUCAAAACAUAGAACAGAUCUCAUUGAUAAACUGCAAGAACAUACUCGACUACACAGCGCUUGGUUGUUGCGUUCAAUUGCACUCACUGGAGAUUCGGAACACGAUGCAACUCGCCAAUGAGGACAUCUAUGAGCUCUGUACAUAUGGAAAUCUUAAACGCCUUAUUCUUUCAAACUGCUUUAAUUUUUCUUCUAGAGGAGUGAACAUUGCACUGAUGAGAUGUCAGCUGAAAGAGGUAUGUGCAAUUAUGGCCAUUUAUUUAUUGCCAUUACGUCCAAAGUCUCGAUAA